UCGGAUGAGUGGAUUGAAGGCGAUGCAGGCCAUGAUGGCUGCCAGCCUGCAUGAUUUUUGGUAUUCUUUUUCUGUUAAAUCAUGAUGAUGAAUGUGUACAUCGAGUUUGGCUUUGGUGAUAUAUAUUGUUGGUCACUGGAAGGUGUAACGGACUCUGAGUAUCAUCAACGAAAUCUGUUUUGCACAUAAGUAUAUUUCUUCGCAACGGCCUCAGAUUUUACAGCAUUUUAUCCUAUUCUGUUUUAUUUUGAAGGAUCUUUCUACCUUGCCUUAAGAUGCAUUUCUCUCCCGCGGCGAUUCUCUUCAUCUCCGUCCUCGGUGCACAAGCAGUGCCCCUAGCCUUCCCCCGACUAGGAAGCAACACACUCGUGCGCAGACAAGAAGAACCCUACUCAGUUGUUAAUGUUGGCGGCGCCAAUCCCAACGGCGUCGACACCAGCUCUGUUAUUGAGACCCAGACCCAGACUGUGACCGCUCCCAGCAUCCCUCAGGCUCCCGUGACUGUCACGGUUACCAAUAUGCCAACAUCGACAUCUACACCAGUCAUCACACCCUCUUCGUGGGCCACACCUUCGUCCAGCUCAUGCACUCCAUCCUCAAAAAGUCUGUCAGCUUGGCCGACACCUUCGCCUGGGGAUGACCAUUCCAUCUACCCUCGGAGUUCCAACCUGACUCGCAAGUCUUCUCUGCCUCCUAAGAGCUUCCGAAGAUCGCUCUCGAGCACCAACAGCACCGGCCUUCAAGUUUUCAAUGUUCGCAGCGACAAUGCAACUGAGAGGGUGCCUAUCUCAGCUCGCACUUUGUUGAACGGCACAGUCGCAGCUCGCAGCGGUCUCUUGGCGCGGGCUCUCAACCAGACAGGCCGUGUAUACUAGACGAUGCGCAGCUCACCUGCUCAUCUGCUCGAGGAAAUCUCGAAUGAGAGCCCUGUACGAGUCACUGUCAGAAACAGCGUGGACUCUUCUCAGCGGCUGACAUAAUGACGGAAACGAUUACUUAGAUUGACGACUUGAUGUGCCAUGGUAUAUUUGAAACAGACAUACGGCACGCUCAUGACCUGCUUUCUGAGAUGAUUUCGGUUCAUAGAUUGUCCAUUGUAUUCAUUUGGUUCCUGCACAUAUUGGUGUUUGAGAGAACGGGUAUGUUACAUAGAUGGCGUCAAUAGAUAGAAUGUGAUUUUAC